UUUUUUGGCAUUAUUUUGGCAGAUUUGUGAUUAAACCCUUAGGCCAGGGCACGACUCGGUAUUAAACCCCACCCACCUCUCAUUCUCUGCUCAGCGCGGGACGACUUCAAAACCUAAAUCCACAUUUCCGUUCAAUCCACUAUGGAUCCGCAGCCCGAACCCGUAAACUACAUCUGCGGAGAUUGUGGGCAGGAGAACACGCUGAAGCCAGGGGAUGUGAUUCAGUGCCGUGAAUGUGGUUAUCGCAUCCUCUACAAGAAACGCACCCGCAGAAUUGUCCAGUAUGAAGCGCGCUAGAGAAACUUCGGAGGUCUAUAGAGUAAAAUCAAUUGGUUAAUUUCCCAUUACUGUUGUCUGCACGAUGUUUUAUGAUAUGUUGUUGAGAAUUGUUAAUCUCUGUGAAUUGUGAUAUAUUAUAUGGUGAUUUAUAUUGCAUGUUUUGUGGUUACUUUAUGAAUUCAAGAAAUGAAAACGUGUGUUGCUCGAUCU